CUUUGGGAAAAAUUUGGAAAGCUUUCUUGAGAAAAAUCUAAAAUGGAUGUUAUCUGUUACAAACUGAAAACAUCUCUCUCUCGUUCUUAUGUAUGAGAACCGAAUAAGAGAGCUUAACAACUAACAAACUAGAAAGCUGAAACAAACACAAAAAACUGUUACAAAUCCAACGGCUAGUUGAAUCUACGGUUGACAUUCAAUCUUGCAGAUGGCGCGCUUGAUCGGACGGCUCCUGAAGCUCGGGAGCUGUGACCUUCUUCUCGGCAGUUACGAGCUCGGGACUCUUCUCGUCAGUUACGAGCUCGGGACUCUUCUCGGCAGUUACGAGCUCGGGACUCUUCUCGGCAGUUACGAGCUCGGGACUCUUCUCGGCAGUUACGAGCUCGGGACUCUUCUAUUUUCCUCACACUCAGCAACUAAUAAUCAUUAUUCACACCCAAUAUAUUGGAUUGAAGAGAAAAAGAGCAGCUCCAAAUCACACGAAUGGCGGAUGCUAUUGUUUCAAAAGUGUUGGGGAGAAUUGCAACUAUGUUAGAAGAUGAAGUCAAUUUGGUGAAAGGCAUGAAGAAGGAGCUUCAAAAUCUUUCCAAGAAGCUCAACACGAUCCGAGAGGUGUUGGAUGAUGCAGAAAAGAGAGCAGUGAAUGGUGAAAGUGUCAAAAGUUGGUUGAAGGAGCUCGAAGCUACGUCUUAUGAGAUGGACGACAUUUUGGAUGAAUGGAACUAUUCUCUUCUCAAAGAUAAGAUGGAAGAUUUUGCUGAGAAAUGCUGCUCCUUCGUGAUAUGUUUAUGUUUCAGGGACAUUUCUUUUCAUCGUGAUAUUGCCAAGAAAAUAGAACAUGUGAAUGCCACGCUUGAUCAGAUCUUAAGGGAGAAGGAUGAUUUUAAUUUUGUCAUCUCUCCGGUGCCGGUGCCGGUGCCUGAGUCUCACCGAGAACAAUCCACAUCUUCAAUUGACUUCAAUAGUGUUUAUGGGUCGGAUAUAUAUAAGAAAAGGGAUGACAUAGUGAAGAAUAUGAUGCUUAAUGGUGAUCAUACCCAAAUUCUGUCUAUAGUUGGGACGGGAGGACUUGGGAAGACCACACUUGCUCAACUUAUUUUUAACCAUCCUCAUUUUGAGAAAGAUUGGUUAAAAAUUUGGGUAUGUGUCUCUGAUCCCUUUAUUGUGUCUAAGGUUGCCAAAGAUAUUGUUAAAAGUGUGGGAACAGAGACGAUUCCUCCAGAUGCUGACCAACUAGAAUUGGCAUUACAAAAACUAAAAGCAUCUGUUUCAGGAAAAAGGUUUCUUCUCGUCCUUGAUGAUGUUUGGACAGAAGACAGUGACAAAUGGAAUCCUCUGAAAAUCAAUCUCGAUUAUGGUGCAGCAGGAAGUAAAGUUCUAGUGACAACGAGAAAUGAAAGGGUAGCUAAGAUGAUGGGUACCUUAGACAGUGAUAUCUAUCACCCAAAAGAGCUUAGUCUUGAAGAGUGUUGGUCAUUGUUGCGUGACGUGUCCCUUGCAGGAAAGAGUGAGGAGGAACGUGAAAAAUUUAAGAACGUGGGCAUGGAAAUAGCUAGCAAGUGCAAGGGAUUGCCUCUUGCUGCAGUUGUUUUAGGAAGACUUUUGCAAUUCAAGGAUUUGGAAGGAUGGGAACAUGUCGAGAAGAGUGAAAUAUGGGAAUUGGAUAACGAUGAAGUUAAGCUUUUUUCUCAUUUGCUUUUAAGCUACAAUGAAUUGUCACCGGCUCUUAAGCAUUGUUUUUCAUACUGUGCCAUCUAUCCUAAAGAUCACAAAAUUCAUGCAGAGAGUUUGAUAGAAGAGUGGAUGGCGCAAGGUUAUCUGGGCUCUAUUAGUGGAAAUGGUGAAGUGGAACUCAAAGGACGAGAGUACUUGAACAAUUUAGCAAUGCUCUCUUUGUUUCAAGAUAUUGAGCUAAGUGAGUCGGGAGAGCAAAUAGAAUGGUGUAAAAUGCAUGAUAUAAUACAUGAUUUCGAUCAUUUUCUUAGAAAGAAUGACGAUAAAGAGAGCAGUUGUCAAGCUUGUGGUCGAUCAUCGAUUUCUCUUGUCCAAAAAUAUCGUAGUCUAUUUUGGAACUAUGGAUAUUCUCUUGAUGAGAAAGAGAAAGUUUGUGGUUGCAUGAAAAGUCUUAGGAUGUUAAGAAUUCGGAGUGUAUCUUCUCCAGUGGGAUUGGAAACACUGAUUCACUUGAGAUGGUUGGAUAUUAGUUGGAUUGCAUUAUCAAAGGAUGACCUCGAAAUCAUAUGCAUGCUUUAUUUCUUGCAAUCUCUUCUCUUAUCAUCGUGCGAGCUGACAGAGAUACCACAACAAAUUGGGAGUUUGAAUCAGUUAAGACGACUUGACUUAAGUGAGAAUGUAAAAUUAAAGGAGUUACCAGAGAGCAUGGGCCGUUUGGUUGAAUUGCGAACUCUUUCCUUAGAAAACUGCAGACUAACAGAGAUUCCACAAGAAAUUGGGAAUUUGGUUCAGUUAAGACGACUUGACUUAAGUGGGAAUGAAGAACUAAAGGAGUUACCAGAGAGCAUGUGUAAAUUGGUUGAAUUGCGAACUCUUUCCUUAGAAGGCUGCUCUCUAAAAGAGAUUCCACGAGAAAUUGGGAAUUUGGAUCAGUUAAGACGACUUGACUUAAGUGGGAAUGAAGAACUAAAGGAGUUGCCAGAGAGCAUUUGUAGUUUGGUUGAACUGCAAAUCUUGAAGAUAGAAGGCACUAGUAUCAACUGUCUACCUGAAGCAUUAGGUGAGUUAAGUAAUCUCCACACACUCGAACUGUGUCCAUUCAAAGUAGGAAGUCAAUACAACAAGUUUGGUUUUCUGAAAAAUUUACACCAUCUUAUUGGAUCUCUAGAAUUGGAAAUCUACUUGAGUAGUAUGAGUGAAAUGGUGGAAUUGGUUGAAGAUGCUCGACAGGAACAAUUGACGACACUCCUUCAAAAACUCGAAACACUCAAACUAUCUUUCGAGGUUACGAUGAAUGAAACGGAGCAGUCAUCAUCAUCAUCAUCAUCAUCAAUGUGGAUGGAGUUAGUAGAAGCUCUCGUACCCCAUCGCACGUUGAACAUUCUGGUACUCAUUCAAUAUAAGGGCUCUAGGCUUCCGCAUUGGAUGUCAUCGCCCCUCAACUUUAUAAAAGAGAUCUGUUUGGGUAUUUUGAGUGAGGUGUCAUCAUUGCCGUCUAUGGGGAAACUACCUUUCUUGGAAAUUCUCAAUAUUUUCAGUGUGGAGCAAUUGAUGUUUGUGGGAAGGGAGUUUUUGGGAAUAGAAUCUUCAUCUCAUGAUAUCGUUGUUGUUGCAUUUCCCAAACUCAAGAAACUGGGAUUUUUUGAAUGCUCCAAAUGGGAGGAGUGGGAGGACAUAACAGAGGAAGAAGAAGAAUCUGCGGCCAUCUCCAUCAUGCCAUGUCUCACACGCUUGUCUAUCAUUUGGUGUGGGAGUUUGAAGAAGCUGCCGCAUCGCCUCCUUCGUAAGGUCUCCUCGUCUUUGCUGUUGUUGAAUAUCAGUGGUUCACCAGAGCUAGUAAAAACAUACGGAGAGGACAAGGAAGGUUCAGGUUGGAGAUCCAUAUCCCAACAUAAUCCCCAACUUCGACUUCAACUUAAACUUCUCCUUUAGGUCUAAUGCAGAUAUUUAUGUCUUUUGAUUUGUUUAGCCUUUUUGAGAUUGAAUUUGGGAUUGUAAUAUGUAUUUUUCUUCUUUAGUCUAAAUUUUUAUUAGACGGAUACUCUUUUUCCUUCCUGGUGUUUUUCCCUUUGGGUUUUUUCACAAUGGAGGUUUUAACGAGGUCCGGCUUUUGAGUGAUCAUUAUGUGGUCUCCAAGGUUUAGGUAUUGUUUUUAGUGACAUAAUCAUUUGGCUUUUUUUAAUUGUGUAAAUAAUAUACUCCUAUUUAGUAAA